AAUUAUAUACAUGUACGCUUAAUAUCUAAAAUAUACAUGUAGCCAUAAAAGGAAGAAUUCACGUACGUGCAGUUAUUUUUAUCUUCGAAGAAUUUCACAUCCUGACGUCAAAUGAAUUUCACAGGGAAAUCAUUCAUCGAAUAAAAAAUUAACAAUAUCUAUGGAUUCCGGAUGAAUUGUUAGAUAAAGCCAUGUAGUAAAUUUUUAGUUAUUUAACAAAUUUAUUCAAAGUACUGUUGUUUUAUCUGUGUAAUCAUGUCGACUUCAAAACCUGCGUCUGCAGCUAUUGAAGAAAUGCACGCCUGCAACUCGUCUUCAGAACUUUUACCAAAAAGAGUGCGCAAUCGCAAUUCAAGCUGUGCUACAGAGUUGUCGGUUCUAACGAACGAACUCCUGGCCAAAGACUUAUACGCAUCCAACGCCAGACUUAAAAUCCAAUUCUAUUUUUUGCUGUUUGUGAACAUUGCCCUGAUGGCAACAGUUGGUGGAUUGGUUUACGCUCAAUUUUUGAGCAAAAUGGACUCGAGUGAUCAGACGCCUUCAAAAGGAAUUAUUCAGACAGAAGAAGGUGAAAGUUCGCCAAAAGGUGGGGAGACAGAAAAACUGUAUAGGGCCGAAGUGUCCCCGGGAUUCGAUGGAGGAAUUAACUGCGCUACUCUGAGAUAUAAACUUCGUGCUGAAGUUUCGAAAUCCCGAGUUACCUGUACAUUUAACGACUUGAUUGAUGCACUGAUUAAGUACGUCAGACCCAGGGAAUACUCUGAAGUGAUUCAUUUGGUUGGUGGAAAACCCGAAAACGAAAGGAAUGAGCAUUAUGAAUAUACGAUCUCUGAUUGGAAAAGAGACAAUGAUACAAACUCUUCCGUGAAAUACCACAUGACCAACUCGUCUAUUAGAAUUCCGUCCGACGGGUUCUAUUUCUUAUAUUGCCGUUUAUCAUUUUCAUCCGACAACGGCGAAAGCAAGCGAUCGAGACGAACUACCAUAAAGCACUCCAUAAGAAUCAAACCAAUCAAUCAAAGAUUUCAGAAGUUCGUCACUGUUACCACCCCGAUGACUGAUAUGAUCGAUUCCAGUGGCAACAGUUACAUACAGAGGGUGGCCAAGUUUAGGAAAGGAGAGGAGUUGAAAGUGACGGUCUCAAGGGCGGGAAAGCUGCAAUAUGACGCGAGUGACGUCACUGGGAAUUAUUUUGGAAUGUUCAAAUUGUAAUUCUUGAUCUCAAAACUUUUUGUUUUAUUGUUUUUUAUUUGUCAUUAUGUAUAUGUUUAUGUUGUUUACAAAUAUAGAAAUAAACAGAAAUUAUUUACAUACAAUGUAU